CCGCGGCGGCCCAUGGUCCGCGUUGUGCCGCCGCCCCCCGCCCGCCGCGCUCCGAGCCGGCAGCGGCCGCAGAUGGCGCGGCGGGGACCGGGAAGGCGGGGCGGGAGGUCACCGGCACCGCCGCCGCCGCUGCUGGCGCUGCUGCUGCUGUUGGUGCUGGGCCCCGCCGCCGCCGCCGGCGAGGAAGUGGCGGUGUCCAAGGAAUGCGACAAGCCGUGCGCCAACGGCGGGCGGUGCCAGCCGGGCACCGGGCAGUGCGAGUGCCAGCCUGGCUGGGUGGGCGACCAGUGCCAGCACUGCGGGGGGCGCUUCAGACUUACUGAACCUUCAGGGUAUGUCACAGAUGGGCCUGGAAAUUACAAAUAUAAGACAAAAUGCACCUGGCUCAUUGAAGGAAGGCCAAACACAAUCCUCAGGCUUCGAUUCAAUCACUUUGCCACAGAGUGCAGCUGGGACCACUUGUAUGUGUAUGAUGGAGACUCAAUUUAUGCUCCCUUACUGGCAGCUUUUAGUGGUCUCAUUGUUCCUGAGAAAGACAGCAAUGAAACAGUACCCGAAGUUGUAGCUACUUCUGGAUAUGCUCUUCUACAUUUCUUCAGUGAUGCUGCCUAUAAUCUCACCGGGUUUAACAUCACCUAUAAUUUCAAUAUGUGUCCCAAUAACUGCUCUGGCCAAGGGGAGUGCAGGCUCAACAGCAGCACCAUGGCCCUGCAGUGUGAGUGUGCCGAGCGCUGGAAGGGAGAGGCUUGUGACAUUCCCUACUGCCCGGAGAACUGUGGGGCGCCUGAGAGAGGCCAGUGCAACCUCAAUGGCUCUAAAGCGUGUUCGUGCUCUGCAGGAUGGCAAGGUCCUGGCUGUUCAAUUCCUCUUCCUGCAAACCAGUCGUUUUGGACCCGGGAGGAAUACACUCUUCCAAAACUUCCUAGAGCGUCUCACAAAACCGUCAUCCAUGACAAUAAAAUGUGGAUUGUUGGAGGCUAUGUCUUCAAUCAUUCUGACUCUCAGAAGGUUUUAGCGUAUGAUCUUAUUUCUGAAGAGUGGCUUCCACUGAACAACUCUGUGAACGCCGUAGAGAUGAGAUAUGGUCAUUCGCUGGCAUUGCACCAGGACAACAUCUACAUGUAUGGUGGCAAGAUAGAUGCGACGGGGAACGUGAGCAGCCAGCUGUGGGUGUUCCACAUCCCCAGGCAGAGCUGGGCCGCCGUGACUCCCAAGGCCAAGGAGCAGUACGCCGUGGUGGGGCACUCGGCGCACAUCGUCACCCUGCGGGACAACAGCACCGUCAUGCUCGUGCUCUUCGGGCACUGCCCCCUCUACGGCUACAUCAGCAACGUGCAGGAGUACAACCUGGUGACAAAUACCUGGAGCAUCUUACAGACAAGUGGAGCUUUGGUGCAAGGAGGAUAUGGUCACAGCAGUGUUUAUGAUCCAAACACAAGAUCAAUCUAUAUCCACGGGGGUUACAAAGCGUUCAGUGCCAACAAGUAUAGGCUGGCAGAUGAUCUGUACAAGUAUGAAGUUGAUUCCCGUAUGUGGACUAUUCUGAAAGACAGCCGCUUUUUCCGCUACUUGCACACAGCUGUGAUAGUGAGUGGGACCAUGCUGGUGUUUGGAGGAAACACUCACAAUGACACCUCCAUGAGCCACGGAGCCAAGUGCUUUUCUUCAGAUUUUAUGGCCUAUGAUAUUGCCUGUGACCGGUGGUCGGUGCUCCCUCGGCCAGCCCUGCACCACGACGUGAACAGGUUUGGGCACUCUGCUGUGCUGUACAACAGCACCAUGUACAUAUUUGGAGGCUUCAACAGCCUCCUCCUGAGUGACAUCCUGAAGUUCACACCUGAGAGAUGUGAGGCUUUUACCAACGAGACGUCCUGCCUGCGGGCAGGUCCUGGUGUCAGGUGUGUGUGGGCUCCCCGCCCUCCUCACUGCAUCCCCUGGGAAAAUGCAACGGUGGAGCAGCAGCAAAAGGUCUUUGAAGACUGUCCUCCCAAACCAGUUGUAGACAAUGAAAAAUGUGAUCAGAUUACAGACUGCUACAGCUGCACAGCCAACACAAACAGCUGUCAUUGGUGUUCUGACCAGUGUAUCCCAGCACACAACAACUGCACAGAGGAACAGGUUCCUGUUACUCUCUAUGACAAUUGUCCUAAGGAUAAUCCUGCCUACUACUGUAACAAAAAGACAAGCUGUAAAAGCUGUGCCAUGGAUCAAAACUGUCAGUGGGAACCUAGGAAUCAGGAGUGCAUUGCUUUGCCAGAAAAUAUCUGCGGAACAAACUGGCAUUUGGUUGGCAACUCCUGCCUGAAGAUCACCAACGCCAAGGAGAACUAUGAUCAUGCCAAAUUGUCCUGCAGGUCCAGCGGUGCUUUACUGGCUUCUCUCACCACCCAGAAGAAGGUGGAGUUUGUUCUAAAGGAGCUGCAGAAGUUUCAGUCUUCGCCCAAAACUUUGACUCCAUGGGUUGGACUGAGGAAAAUCAAUGUGUCCUAUUGGUGCUGGGAAGACAUGUCUCCCUUCACCAACACCCUCGUCCAGUGGCUUCCCAAUGAACCAAGUGAUGCUGGAUUUUGUGGCUAUUUAGCUGAGCCUUCCCAACAGGGAUUGAAGGCAGCAACAUGUAUCAACGAGGUCAACGGCACUGUCUGUGAAAGGCCAGCCAACCACAGCGCCAAGCAGUGCCGCACGCCCUGCGCGCUGCGCGCCGCCUGCGCCGAGUGCACCAGCGGCAGCUCCGAGUGCAUGUGGUGCAGCAACAUGAAGCAGUGCGUGGACUCCAACGCCUACGUGGCCUCGUUCCCCUACGGGCAGUGCAUGGAGUGGUACACCAUGAGCAGCUGUCCACCUGAAAACUGCUCGGGCUACUGCACGUGUGCUCAGUGCUUGGAGCAGCCGGGCUGUGGAUGGUGCACGGACCCGAGCAACACCGGGAAGGGCAAGUGCAUCGAGGGCUCCUACCGGGGUCCUGUCAAGAUGCCAACGCCACCCACGCCAGGGAAACACAGCUUGGAGCCUGUCCUCAAUGUCAGCAUGUGUCCUGCAGAGAGCAGCUAUAACUGGUCCUUUAUUCAGUGUCCAGCCUGUCAGUGCAACGGGCACAGCAAGUGUGUGAACGAGAGCAUCUGUGAGAAGUGUGAGAACCUGACCACGGGCAGGCACUGUGAGACCUGCAUCUCUGGCUACUAUGGGGAUCCCACCAACGGGGGCACGUGCCAGCCUUGCAAGUGCAAUGGCCACGCGUCCGUCUGCAACACAAACACAGGGAAAUGUUUCUGCACAACCAAGGGAAUCAAAGGAGAUGAGUGUCAGCUGUGUGAAGUUGAAAACAGAUAUCAGGGAAAUCCACUUAAAGGAACGUGUUACUAUACCCUUCUCAUCGACUAUCAGUUUACCUUCAGCCUUUCCCAGGAGGACGAUCGCUAUUACACAGCAAUCAACUUUGUAGCAACACCUGAAGAGCAAAACAGAGACCUGGACAUGUUCAUCAAUGCAUCUAAAAACUUCAACCUCAACAUUACUUGGUCCACAAGUUUUGCAGCUGGUACUCAGGCUGGGGAGGAAAUCCCAGUUGUUUCCAGAACCAAUGUAAAAGAAUACAAGGACAGUUUCUCCAAUGAGAAAUUUGAUUUCCGCAACAACCCGAACAUCACAUUCUUUGUUUACGUCAGCAAUUUCACCUGGCCCAUAAAAAUACAAAUUGCAUUCUCGCAGCACAGCAACUUUAUGGACCUGGUGCAGUUCUUUGUGACAUUUUUCAGUUGUUUCCUGUCAUUGCUCCUGGUGGCAGCUGUGGUUUGGAAGAUCAAACAAAGUUGCUGGGCAUCACGACGGAGAGAGCAACUACUGCGUGAGAUGCAGCAGAUGGCCAGUCGCCCCUUCGCCUCCAUCAACGUUGCCUUAGAAACAGAUGAGGAGCCACCAGAUCUCAUCGGGGGAAGCAUAAAGACUGUACCAAAGCCCAUUGCGCUGGAGCCCUGCUUUGGGAACAAAGCCGCCGUUCUCUCGGUGUUCGUGAGGCUGCCUCGAGGACUUGGGGGUAUUCCACCACCAGGACAGUCAGGUCUCGCAGUGGCCAGUGCACUGGUGGACAUUUCACAACAGAUGCCAAUUGCCUACAAAGAGAAAUCGGGCGCGAUACGAAAUCGGAAGCAGCAGCCCCCUGCACAGCCAGGAACCUGUAUUUGAUGCAUGGACAUCAGAAACUGUCUAGGGUUUUAAACAAAAAUGGAAAAUAUACCAAGGAGGAGGAGAAAGAUUUCCCAGUUGUGUCCCAAGAGACUAGAAGCACCCGGAAAAAACCACAACUUCCUCGAACCCCGUUUUUUUUCUCUCAUCUGCGUGCUAGUUGGCUUUAUUUGACAACUGCUCCACUUAAGUUUUACUGACACAUGGCUUCAGGUUGCUCCUUUGUUCUCUUCAAGUUUAAAGCAAAAUAAUUUGGUUGCAGGUGCGAUGCCGCCAUUCCCGGUCAGUGUAAAUACAACAGUAGUCCAAGAUGAAUGACACUCAGGUUUCCACAUGGAAAGUGCUUUGUAGUUCAUGUAUUUAUCAAACUGUACAAAAAGAAAAAGAUCCAGUGUUUACAGGUGUCAGCUCUCAACACAUAAACACUACUAUUAAUCUUCAAAGCAUCUUCAUCCUUUGUUUUCAUUUACUGUUUAAUUGUUCCCUCCUUAUUUCAGUGGAACUCUCUUCCAGGCACAGCCUUUUGUAGUCAUCGUGGCCCAGGAAUGCAAAAGCUGGGAUGGUUUAAAGGUGGAUGUUGCUCAGACCAUGUGAAAUACCUGGAAAGUUGGAUGUUGCUUUGGAAAGACUCAGUGUUUACAUAGUCUUAACCUGCUUGGAGUACACCACACACAAGUGCCUAGACAUGAGCAGAUCUAGGGAGUGAGGAGACUGCUGCCCACGCUGCUUUUUGACAUCAUGAAAGUCCUUUAAAGGUGUUAUACUCACAUCUAGACUCACCCAAGGCACUCUGUGUCCUCUGGCCUUGCAGUCAGAGGAAAAUCCCAUUUUCCUGACCAACCAACUACUCAGAUGGAAAUACCUGGAAGGCACGUAGAGGUUCAGUAUCUCGUAAGAGAACUCCUGGUUUCACCAGCAUUUCCAUAGAAGCACUCUGUGUUCCAGGUCAGAUACAUGAAAUUUUCCUGGUUUUGGCCUCUCUCCUCCCCAAUCCCUCCUGCCAUCCUUCUGGAUGAGAGCUGAGCUUGGAGGCAUUGCUGCUCAGUGGUUAUGGUUUGCUCCAUCUUCGUACAGGGUGUAAAAAGCAACACUCCGGGUGCCAGAUCACCUGAGGAUGAAGUAAAAAAAGAAUUUUAAAUAAAAAUCAAGCAGAGCAGCUUUGUUUUGCCACAGGUUUGAGUUCAAUGUGAUCAGAUCCUUGUAUUUCCUGUUGGGCUCGAGCUCUGUUAAAUGUUGAAAAAGUGGCUGGUGGGGAAAGGAUGAGGCUUGGAAAUGGCAAAGAGAAGGUUUAGCAUUUGAGGGGUGCAUCAGACCAUCUGAACUGCCCUGACAAGCUGGGGCUGUGUUUGGAGGCUCAGGUUGGACUGAGCCACCCCUGUGUGUGUGUCUGCCUGGGCUGUGGGGCUGGAGCUGUGGGAAAUGCCAGUGAGGGUGGCAAACCAGGGGUGUGACUGUGGCUUCAUCACAGGCACUGUGGGUCCAUCAGGUCACUGAGUUGGUGGGUUCUGCUGAGGGCUCUGAUGUUUAACACAUGGAGAAGCAGCACGUGGGAGGGAGGUGCUCUUGGAUCUGGCCAGGCAGCACCUUUCCAAACUCAAACCCAAGUAACUUCUCCUUUUUUGUGCGUGUUCUGGUGAUCACUCACAUGUCAGCCACUCAUUUCUGGGCUGUUUUUUUCUAACCAUGUAUUUUGAAGAAGCUCUUUGGAGCCUGGCACAUCCCAAUAAAGAGGUGAAUUGCUGUGUGUGUCCAGACAGCGGUGAUGGGAUCAGCCUGAUGCUUUAAGGACUGUGGUGGAUGAUAAUUCUGAUUUAAUGUGUCAUUUAACGAGUGCAGUGGGACUGCAAAAAAUAUUUGGACUGCCAAAAAUAUUGGGAAAAAAAUGCAUUAUAUAUAUAAAUGCAUCUGUUUCUAAACUCAAAGUUUUGGUGCUCUCUGGGAAGAAGGAAUUAUGAGGGGAAAAGGGUUGAGCUUUGUCUUGGAAUGAAGGGAUUCAGGCAAUUUAAUUUUUACCUGAUGCAUGGAUUACCUCAGACAGAUUCAUCUCCUGAUAAUAUUUUCUAACUUGCUCAGUAAUAGGGUUAAUCUGAACUGGAGACAUAAGACUGGACUAAAAUCCCUCUCCUGUUACUGCAUGUUUUGAGCCACGAUGCACAUCCUCAGGUUUGCAGAUUUCUUCUUGCUGUUUUUGGGAGAACUGCCAGCCCAGAUAGUGAAAACCCCUGUGCUUGAGUUUCCCUCUUCAGGACAGCACUUGAGCAGGUGCUUAAAGUUGUUGGGUUUUCCUGAUGACAAGCAGCUUUCAAACUGUAGGCCUGGAGGGGUGAUAGAUUUGUACAUUGAUAAAAAGAGAAAUACAGAGCUGGGACAUUUUCUCACUCCUGGAGAGCCGGGCUGUCUGCUCUGCAAAGCCUACAGUGGGCUCAGGAGUGUGGCCAAAAUGAGGUGCCAGGUUCUGGGAAAAUGAGCAAAGAUGAUCAAAGUCAAGGUUUAUCAGUACCAAAAAAUGUAAAUAGAGCAACGAGGGUUACUCACAGAAAUCAAAGGAUGUAGCUGCACCCUGCGUCUGAUCUGCAUCCUGAUGAGGGAGAGCUCUCACAGCUCUGCUGCAGUUCACCCCAGCUUGGAGCUAAACAGGGAAAAAAGUGGGAAAGGAUGGGGGAAAGAAGAAUUGCUGGCAGUUUAUCACCAGGCCAGUAUCAAAAGUGAUGGAUUUUUGGGUUUAUUUCAUUUGGAAGUGAGGUAGGUGGGGGAGAAAGAACAACCUUAUUUCAUGGGAGAAUCUGUAAAUAAAUGACAAAUGAAACACAGAUUUUGCACUUGUACAUAAGAAACGUGCAGAACAUGGAGAGAUUUAAAGUGUAUAUAAACCAGGAAAAAAAUUGAAUGUAUUUUUGAUGCAUUUUAAAUGAUGUAUGAGUUCUGUCUUAAUAACUCAUUCAUUUGAUCAGUAUUGGAUAACUUUCCGAGCUUUAAACACCAGAUUACAUCAGGAUAUCUUGAAAAGCAGGGAGGCAUAACUUGACUUUUGUGUGUUCAAAUGCAUUUCACUUAAAUGUAGAAACCAAGUAAAAUAAUGACUUUUCCACUUGAAAGAGGGAAAAGCAACAUUUGGAGACAAGUAAUAAAUGUCCUUAAAGUGGUCACCAUGUGGAGGAUUAAAUCAGUAGUUUAAGACCUUUGUUACUAAAAUUGUGGCAGUGUUUCCAUUCAAAAUCACUAUUUUCAGGUUUAUAACUGGCUGAUAUUUAGCAUUUGACAUCUCAACCCUCAGAAGAUUUUCAUUUUCUAAGAGGAGCCUUUAAAAAUUUAGUAAUAAAAUUUCAGAACUUGGGGCCCUUUUAUUCUAGAAGACAGUGGUGCCAGUGGAUCUCCAAAUAGCACACUUCUUAUUUUAAAUUCACUGUUUUCCAUGGUUUUAGCCCAGAAUUUCUGGCUGUUGUAGCAUGACCUUGCCAGGCUCUGGCUCAAUAUUUGGAUAAAAGAAGAUUUAUGAGACAAAACUUUUCACUUGUUAUUAUCACUUUCCCUGGGCUUAAAACACGUUGUACUGAAGUUACCAAAAUAAAGCUGUUUAUGAUGGGGUAAUGCCUGUGAUUGACAUCAA